AUGGUCUUGCCCUCUGAACCCGAAUUCGAACAGGCUCUGGGAGAGCUCGCGCUCAGUAUUGGCCCCUUCCUCGCAGCCAACCCAUCCUACCAGAAAGCUUUCGAGAUCGUCCAAAUCCCCGAACGGGUCCUCCAAUUCCGCGUUGUAUGGGAAGACGACCAGGGGAAUGCGCAAGUGAACCGUGGAUUCCGUGUGCAGUACAACUCUGCUUUGGGUCCCUACAAAGGCGGCCUGCGCCUUCACCCCUCUGUGAACCUCUCCAUCCUCAAGUUCCUCGGCUUUGAGCAGACAUUCAAGAAUGCUCUGACCGGGCUCAGCAUGGGAGGAGGCAAGGGUGGCUCGGAUUUCGACCCCAAGGGAAAGAGCGACGCAGAGAUAAGGAGGUUCUGCGUGGCAUUUAUGAGCGAGCUAUUUAGACAUAUCGGGCAGGAUACGGACGUUCCUGCCGGCGACAUCGGCACUGGUGCUCGCGAAAUCGGUUUCCUCUUCGGCGCGUACAAGAAACUGCGCAACGAGUUCGUCGGUGUCCUCACCGGCAAGGGCGCACACUGGGGCGGGUCGUUCAUCCGGCCCGAAGCCACCGGGUAUGGCCUUAUCUAUUACGUUGAGCAUAUGAUCCCUCUCGCGUGUCCCGAAUACCCGCUCACCUCACCCAACACGCUUGUUGCCAUCUCCGGCGCAGGCAACGUCGCGCAGUACACCGCCCUCAAGGUCAUCGAGCUCGGCGCGACGGUCGUUUCGCUCUCCGACUCGAGGGGCGCUCUCAUCGCCGAAGAAGGAUUCUCGAAAGAGGUCGUAGAGAAGAUCGGGUCGCUCAAGUUGAGGGGAGGGUAUCUGGAGUCGUACGCGGACUUUGCAGCACCUGAGGAGAAAUACAAGUAUUAUCCCGGACAACGGCCAUGGGCUCUUCUCUCGCAAGUCCACAUCGCGCUCCCGGGCGCGACGCAGAAUGAAGUGUCGGGUGAAGAAGCCGAGGCGCUCGUCAGGGCGGGCGUGAGGGUCGUAGCGGAAGGAUCUAACAUGGGCUGCACGGCGGAAGCCAUCGAGGUCUUUGAGGCGUCUCGCAGGCAGGGCGCCGGUGGGGUCUGGUAUGCACCGGGGAAGGCGUCCAACUGCGGGGGGGUCGCUGUCUCGGGCCUGGAGAUGGCGCAGAACAGCCAGAGGCUCACGUGGAUGCCUGCUGAGGUCGAUGAGAAGCUCAAGGGGAUUAUGGGCAGCUGCUUUGAGACGUGCUUGGGUGCUGGAACCAAGUGGUCCGGCGAGGAGUUGGCGGAGGGCGUGCUUCCUAGUUUGCUCUACGGUGCUAACGUUGCUGGGUUCAUCAAGGUCGCGAAUGCGAUGAAGGAGCAGGGAGAUUGGUGGUAA